GUCCGUUUGGGUCAAAUAGAUUAUGAUCACUGACUGGAUGAAAGGCAAGACCUGUGGGCUCUGUGGAAAUGCUGAUGUGGAAGUCAGACAAGAUUAUCGUGCACCCAAUGGACGCUUGGCCAGAAACUCUGUCAGCUUUGCUCUUUCCCGGAUCUUACCAGCAGAAAACUGCAAAGACAACUCUGAGUGCCGAAUGAAGUUUAAAUCGGUCCAGCUGGAGAAGAAGGUUAAUGUCCAUGGUCAGGACUCCACAUGCUUCUCUGUUGAACCUGGCUGUCUGCCUGGCUGCUCUCCAGUCAAAACCACCUCUGUCAAUAUUGGCUUAAAGUGCUUUGCUCCUGCUUCCACUUGGAAUUUCAAUAACAUCUUUGACUGCAGUGCUGAUCUAAGGAACUCCACAGAGGCUCAUCUUUCCUGCAGCUGCAGUGCUCAAUGUUCCUAAAAAAAUAGUUUUGUU